AUCAAGAGAGAGAGGGGAGACAUGGACGAUAUAGAUUACGAAAAAUUAGACUGGAUGGGUGAUGAGGAGAUUGAUGGGAGAGAGGGCACCAUGCAAGAUGAUAUGGAGAGAGAAGCAGACAGCCAAUAUUUUUGA